AUGGAGAACUACGUGAUAGGUGUGUACGGAGAGAGCUUCCGUCCCGUUCUUCGGUGGGCUGCAGAAGCCGAACGCCCCGUGACGAUCGAGGGGGCACAGGCGGCGCACGACGGAGUACCAGAGCUGGAGACCAAGGUCAACCAGCUGUACGCGGCGCUGAUCAGCACGACGGCGGACGGCAGCGAGAGCAACGACCUCGUGACGGGCGCCCCCGAUGGGAACGGUCUCGAAGCCUGGCGGAAGCUCCACCGCAGGUGGGAUCCGACGACAGGUCCGAGGAAGAGGCUGAUCCUGAGGUCGAUCAUCUCGCCUCCGAAGUGCAGCGCGGACGAGCUGGGAUCAGCCUUAGAGAAGUGGAUCCAGCAGAUAGGCAGGUACGAACGCCGCCAAGGAGAAGAUGGUCUAGCCGAGCUGCCGGAGGAUAUCAAGAUGGCGGCCCUCGAGAUGCUCGUGCCUCAGGACAUCGAGAACCACCUCGUCCUCAACAAGCAUCGGCUCGUCACGUUCCAGGACAGUCUGAACGAGGUGAUGACGAUCGUGGAGGCUCGGACCGGCGUGAAGAUCAAGGAGCCAUCGAUCCGUGCGCGGGCACAUCAUCCGGACGACAUGGACGUCGGGUCAUUCGGAGCCCCGAAGGGCAAAGGCAAAGGCAAGGGCAAGGAUGGCAAGAGCAAAGGGAAAGGCAAGACUCAGGAGCCGAAGGGGAAGAGCAAAUCGACGAACGGAUCAUACUCAGGGCACACGGCACCUCGAAGCACCAGCGGGCGCUUCGACGGCUACUGUCGGAACUGCGAGAGAUGGGGCCACAAGGCAUCCGACUGCUGGAAGAGAGAGCAGGGAUCGAGUACGAGGGCUGGAACUGGAUCCGCAACGGGGGCAAGCGCUGGUGGUAAAGUCGGUAGCCGCGGUGGCAAGGCCGGCGGCAAGGCGGCAGGCAGCCUGGAGGAGGAGCCUGAAGCGGAGGUCGCCGCUCUGGACAUGGGCAGCCUGGACUGCCUGGAGCUCGCCAGCGGCAGCGGCCGCGGCGUAGCGGCGGUCGAUCUCUCCCCCUUCGCGCAGGACGACUGGAUGAAGUUCAACUGGGACAGCGGUGCAGCUAUCUCAGCAUUCCCUCGGAGCUUCGCGCCGCCGACGGGAAUGAAGGGCAACGGCAGCACGUAUCGCACGGCCAGUGGUGAGCUCGUCCCGGACGAGGGCAGCUUGCAGCUCAAGGCGGAGGACGAGUACGGAGUGCUACGAGCGCUCAAGGGACGCGUGACGAACGUGCACAAGCCGUUGAUCUCGGUGGGGCAGGCAGCAGGAGCUGGACAGUGUUCAUUCCUGGGUCGCAAUGGCGGCUGGAUAUUCCACGAGAAGAGCCCAAUCGGCAAGCGCGUGGUAGGCAUGCUCGAGAAGGAGGCGAAGGCGGCGAAGCACCAGAUGCUGCCGGUCUAUCGCGAGCAGGGCGUCUACAACUUCUACCUCAAGAAGGGCCAACAUGGCUCGGUUGCUCCUCUCGAGGAGGGACUUUCGGCGAAGUCGAAGUCCGAGCUGGUGGAGCUCCUCAGCGGCAAGUCGAAGGAGGAGCUGCUGGAGAUCCUCGAGAAGACAGACGACGAGACGGCGGUGCCGGUGGUCUCGUCCGACUACGCCUUCAUGGGCCAGGACGACGCGGACACCAUGCCGAUGCUGGUACUUAGGGAUCGGCGCUCGAAGAUGAUGGCAGCGACAUUCGUGGAGAAGAAGGGCGACGACGCCUACGCCAUCAAGUUCUUCGCACGCUUCUUACGGAUCCUGGGCUACAGGAAGAUCGUCAACAAGUCCGACGGCGAGCCAGCGAUCCUGCUGGUCAAGAGGCGUGCGGUGGAGGAGGUUCCUGGCCUCGAGGCCAUUCCCCAGGAAUCGGCACCGGCCGAUCAUCAGGCCAAUGGGGAGAUCGAGGUCACGGUGCGCGAGAUCAAGAAGCAGGUGCGGGCGCUCAAGAUGGACCUGGAGUCCAAGCUGGGCGUCAAGGUGGAGGACAAGCACCCGGUGCUAGCGCACCUGCCGGAGCACGCCGCAUCGGUAAUCAACCGAUACCGGCGCGGCCAGGAUGGCAAGACCGCUCUUCAGCGGCUCACGGGACGGCAGUGGAGGAAGCCGGUCCCGCUCUUCGGCGAGCGCUUGAUGGCGCGGUUCGCCGGGGAGCGCGCGAGGAAGAACGCGCUGGAGGAGCAGAUGGUGGAGGCUCGCUACAUCGGCCACCACCCGCGCGACGGCUCGAUGAUGGUCAUCACGAGCGACGGCGUGAAGAAGGCGGUCGGCUUUCGCAGCCUGCCGCAGAGCGAGAAGUGGAUCACGGCGGGCUGGGAUGGCCUGAAGGGCCUGCCGUGGGACGUGGCUCCGCGUGCGGCAAGCGCGCCGCGGGCCAUCGUCGGACCUGGAGAGGUCGGACCGCCACCAAUUGUGGUGGUGUCGCCGCAGCCGCAGGCGCCGAGGAGGAUGUACGUCCUCAAGGCGGACGUCGAGCGGCUGGGCGCAACGCCGGGAUGCCCAGGGUGCGUCUCGAUCGCCAAGCACGGCCGGGUGCUGGCUGGCCACGCGCACAACGCGGCGUGCAGCAAGAGGAUCUUCGAAGCGCUGGACGCGGAGGAGGCAGGCCGGGAAAGGACCGGCCAGUAUCGAGAACGGAGGCAGGGCCAAGAGGCCAGAGUCCGACCAGCGGCAGCGGCCGCGGCAGGGACCCCUCCGCCGAAGACGGCUCGGAGGAUCACCGAGCCGGUGGCAGCGGCGGCAGCGGCAUCGGCCGCGCCGGCCGCGGCCCGAUCGGCAGCAGCGCCAGCCGUGGCAGCCACAGCGGCGCGCGUGCGAGAGAGCCAGCCGGUAGCACCGGGCUUCGGCGUGGCGGCUCCUUCAGGAGGAGCGAGCUCCAGUUCGGGAGCGGCGCGAGCGGCAGAGGCCGCCGCGGAUGUCGACAUGACCGCGGCCAGGUCGCGGCUGAAGCGCUUGGCAGAGGUGGCCCCGGAUGACGUGCCGGAGGCCCUCGAGCGCGGUGAUCCACAGCCGGCAGACGUGCCGGUACCGGUGGACAUGGAGGAUCUCGCGGCGCAGCCGGCGCCAGCGGAAGGACCUCAGCUGCCAGCUGGAGUGGCAGUCGUGUGGAACGCCAGUGAGGGGAGGCACAUGCGGGUGCUCGCCCUCGAUAUGGCGUCGAUCGAGCUGGUUGAGCUCGGAGUGCUGACGAGAGCGAAGGCGGAGUUGCUCCCGCUCGUUCGCGAACAGGUCAGUGGCCAUUGGGCCAGCGCCGGCGUGGACAUCGCCGACGAAGAGGUGGACAGCAUCGCCCUAUCGGCGUUGCAGCUGGGCGCCGUGGACGUGGCCGAGGUGUACUCGCCACAUCGGUUCUCGGCUCGGGCAGCGGAAUUUCAGCUGCGCCCGGGCUUCGCGGCGGACCUGGAGGAACUCAAGGAGGACGGGACGCCGUGGGACUUGCGGCGCCCCGAGGAUGUCAAGGAGCUCGAGAGGCAGCAGGAGCGGAUGGAUCCCAUCCUGCUCACGGGGUCCCCUCCUUGCGAGAAGUUCAGCUUGCUGAGGGGCCUGAGCGCCAAGUUCAGGACCGAUGAGCAGGAGGCGGCUGAGAUGGAGGAGGCCAGACACCACCUGAAGGUGGCAGUCGACGCCUACUGGCGUCAGCUCAGGAAGCCAGGCAGGUACUUCCUGCAUGAGCAUCCCUGGAGCGCGCGAUCGUGGAAUGAGGACAUCGUCAAGGAGCUGGUCGCGCAUCCAGGAGUCUUCACGGUCAAAGGCCCCAUGUGUCGGUGGGGCAUGAAGCUCACGAACCCACGCAGUGGUCAGGAGGAGUUCGUGCGCAAGGAGACCGGAUGGGUCACCAACCAUCCAGGCUUAGCCCGGAGGCUGCAGGGCACUUGCAGCAAUGUGGACGGCCGCGCGGAAUGGCAUCGCCACAUCACGCUCGUGGGCGGCAUCGCGCGGUUCGCGAAGGUCUAUCCACCGAAGUUGGUAGAGGCGGUGCUGGAGGAGCUCAAGGACACGCUGAAUGACGUGGGAGAGCUCAGCACCGCCCAGGUGCAGCAGUCGGGCCCAGUCCCUGUGGACGCGGCAGUGCCGCCCGGGGACUGGACGAGUUACUGGGACGACGUCAAUGGCGGCUACCUGGAGGCGGGCCUUGUGGCCCAGGCUCGCGCGGUCGAGCGCGAGUGGGUCAAGAAGCAGGAGCUGAUCGAGAUCGUCCCGAGGUCUCAGGCUUUCGCCGAGACUGGGCGUCCGCCCAUCCCACUCAAGUGGGUCGACACGAACAAGGGUGACGCGGAGAGGCCCAACUACAGGAGCAGGCUCGUCGUGAAGGAGAUCAAGGCGAAGAAGCGCCCCGACGAGCAGCUGGAGGCGUCCGAGGUCUUCUCGGCCAUGCCUCCUCUGGAGGCCAUGCGGUCGCUGGUCUCGCUGAUGGUCACGUGGACGCGGGAAGCACCGCUCCACAUUCAGGAGUCGCUUCGCAAGAAGGGCAGGAAGCCGGGCAACUUCAAGAUCGGCUUCUUCGACAUCAGCAGGGCGCACUUCUACGGGAAGGCGCAGCGGAGGAUCUUCGUAGAGCUGGAGGAGGAGAGUCGCAAGGAGUACGGCGAGGACAAGCGCGGCCUACUCCUCAAGUCCUGGUACGGCACGCAGGACGCCAGCAAGAUCUGGCAGGGCGACUACACGGAGCUGCUGGAGGAACACGGCUACAAGGCGGGCGUGUCGUGCCCAGCGGUCUUCUACAAGGAGGUGGACGAGACGAGGCUGCUGGGGCACGGCGACGACUUCGCGGUGCUGGCUCAGCAGCAGGACAUCGACAGCUUCGAGGCCACGCUGGGCAAGAAGUACGAGUUCAAGAAGACUGCGAACCUAGGCUUCGACGAGGGCGAUGACAAGCAGGCGGUCUUCCUGAAUCGGGUCAUCGAGGUCAGUGCGGGAGUUCCGCCUGGCGGUGGCCGGCCCUGCCGGCAUGCGAUGAUCGAGCCGGACAAGCGGCGCGCGGAGAUCGUGAUCGACGAGUUGGGUCUCAGCAAGGCCAACGGCGUGGACACGCCGAUGGAGAAGCGCAGCGCCGACAAGCAGAUGAUGGAUGCGAAGUCGGCGGCGUUGGGAGCAGCGGAAGCUUCGCGCUUCCGAUCCCUCACCAUGAGGGUGGCCUACCUGUCUCAGGACAGGCUGGACUUGGCAGAGGCAUCGAAGACGCUCGCUAGGUCCAUGCAGACGCCAACGGAGGCGAGCUGGCUCAUGCUCAAGAGGGUUGGCCGCUACCUUAAGCGGCAUCCUAGCACGGUGACGGUUUUCACGGAGCAGAAGAUGUUCGACAAGAUCCGGGUGUACGUGGACUCUGAUCAUGCAGGCUGUGCAGUCACGCGGAAGAGCACAGGAGGCUUCGUGGCGAUGCUAGGGCAUCAUGUAGUCAAGCACGGCAGCAACCUGCAGUCGACGGUUUCAUUGAGCAGCGGGGAGAGCGAGUACUACGCCCUGGUGAAGGGCGGGAGCGUGGGCCUAGGCCUUCACAGCCUCUUCGCGGAUUGGGGGCUGGACCUGAAGGUGGAGCUUGCCUCGGAUUCAUCGGCGGCCCGGGGCCACGUCCAACGGCGAGGUCUCGGGAAGAUGCGACAUGUUCAAUCACGGUACUUGUGGAUCCAGGAGCGUGUUGGCAAGGGCGACAUCUCGAUCGCUGCGGUUCCUGGCAAGAACAAUGUCGCGGACGUGCUGACCAAGAGCGUGGAUCAGGCCGCCACGAAGAUAUUUCGCAAUAGCCUACUCGCAGAGUUCAAAGUUGGCGAUGGCAUGUCUUUCUGGGAUAGUUUCGUGAACAUGUGUGAACAUAGUCUACGGGAGACCGUGGAGACGGACAGCUGGGGCCAUCGGCUGGCACAGUGGCCGCCACCGCAGCGCGCGUGCGUGGAUCCCCGCAGGGAGCGGCGCCGUCGUAGGCAGGAGGGCGGGACCGGAGAGCCGGCGCCCCACCUGCCGAUGGCGCAGCCGCCGGCGACAGGCUACGGCGCCUGCGCAUCCUCGGGCGCCGCGCAGGCGCGGGGGCGCGAGGCCGGCCGCCGCAGGCUGUCGGCGCUGGCGUUCCCCCCGGCCAAGGGCGAGCUGGAGAAGACCGACUUUCCGGAGCUGAGGUCGGUCAUGGUCGACCAGUUGAUGCGCCCGCGCCCUUCAGAGGGGAAGGAAGCCGAGAAGGAGAAGGCUCGGGGCAAGUCCGGCCCGCUGUUCAACUUCGACGUGGUCGAUGACCGGCGCGGCAAGAGGAGCGACGCAGCGGUUGAGAAUAGACGCCGUCAGCUUCAGUUCAAACACGGCCUGAAGGACACAGGCAACAAGCUGCACGACCUCGCGUAUAUCGAGGACCACCCGUCGGAGAAUUCGUCGGGCGCCAUCGAGGAGGCAAAGAAGGAGGUCUUGGAUCAGAUCAUAGACCUCGAGCGCACGAGGCAGGAGAUAGCUGAGAGCAAGGCGAUCGAGCGCAUGGGCGAGCAGAUCCGAGGCGCUACGAACGCGGGAGGAGCCGCACCCGGUCUCGUCGACACGAAGGGGAUCGGCAAGCCCACGACGCUAGGCGACGAUCAGGAGAAGUUCGGAGCUUGGAACCGCAAGAUGGAGAACUACGUGAUAGGCGUGUACGGAGAGAGCUUCCGUCCUGUUCUCCGGUGGGCGGCAGAAGCCGAACGCCCCGUGACGAUCGAAGGGGCACAGGAGGCGCACGGAGGAGUACCAGAGCUGGAGACCAAGAUCAACCAGCUGUACGCGGCGCUGAUCAGCACGACGGCGGACGGCAGCGAGAGCAACGACCUCGUGACGGGCGCACCCGACGGGAACGGUCUCGAGGCCUGGCGGAAGCUUCACCGCAGGUGGGACCCGACGACAGGUCCGAGGAAGAGGCUGAUCCUGAGGUCGAUCAUCUCGCCUCCGAAGUGCAACGCGGAAGAGCUGGGGUCCGCCUUAGAGAAGUGGAUCCAGCAGAUAGGCAAGUACGAACGCCGCCAAGGAGAAGACGGGCUGGCCGAGUUGCCGGAGGAUAUCAAGAUGGCGGCCCUCGAGAUGCUCGUGCCUCAGGACAUCGAGAACCACCUCGUACUCAACAAGCAUCGGCUCGUGACGUUCCAGGACAGCCUGAACGAGGUAAUGACGAUCGUAGAGGCUCGGACAGGCGUGAAGAUCAAGGCGGCAGGCAGCCUGGAGGAGGAGCCUGAGGCGGAGGUCGCCGCUCUGGACAUGGGCAGCUUGGACUGCCUGGAGCUCGCCAGCGGCAACGGCCGCGGCGUAGCGGCGGUCGACCUCUCCCCCUUCGUGCAGGACGACUGGAUGAAGUUCAACUGGGACAGCGGUGCAGCUGUCUCAGCAUUCCCUCGGAGCUUCGCGCCGCCGACGGGAAUGAAGGGCAACGGCAGCACGUAUCGCACGGCCAGUGGUGAGCUCGUCCCGGACGAGGGCAGCUUGCAGCUCAAGGCGGAGGACGAGUACGGAGUGCUCAGAGCGCUCAAGGGACGCGUGACGAACGUGCACAAGCCGUUGAUCUCGGUGGGGCAGGCAGCAGGAGCUGGACAGUGUUCAUUCCUAGGCCGCAAUGGCGGCUGGAUAUUCCACGAGAAGAGCCCAAUCGGCAAGCGCGUGGUAGGCAUGCUGGAGAAGGAGGCGAAGACGGCGAAGCACCAGAUGCUGCCGGUCUAUCAGCACUUCUACCUCAAGAAGGGCCAACAUGGCUCGGUUGCUCCUCUCGAGGAGGGACUUUCGGCGAAGUCGAAGUCCGAGCUGGUGGAGCUCCUCAGCAGCAAGUCGAAGGAGGAGCUGCUGGAGAUCUUCGAGAGGACAGCACCUCACGAGCCCUCUCAGAGGGAGAUCGUCGAGCACGAGGCGAUGGGACACGCGACCUACCGCAGCUGGUGUCGCGUGUGUAUUGCGGCAAAGGGCCAAGGCCAGCCGCAUCUCCGCGCACCGGAGGACGACGAGACGGCGGUGCCGGUGGUCUCGUCCGACUACGCCUUCAUGGGCCAGGACGACGCGGACACCAUGCCGAUGCUGGUCCUUAGGGAUCGACGCUCGAAGAUGAUGGCAGCGACAUUCGUGGAGAAGAAGGGCGACGACGCCUACGCCAUCAAGUUCUUCGCACGCUUCUUACGGAUCCUGGGCUACAGGAAGAUCGUCAACAAGUCCGACGGCGAGCCAGCGAUCCUGCUGGUCAAGAGGCGUGCGGUGGAGGAGGUUCCUGGCCUCGAGGCCAUUCCCCAGGAGUCGGCACCGGCCGAUCAUCAGGCCAAUGGGGAGAUCGAGGUCACGGUGCGCGAGAUCAAGAAGCAGGUGCGAGCGCUCAAGAUGGACCUGGAGUCCAAGCUGGGCGUCAAGGUGGAGGACAAGCACCCAGUGCUAGCGCACCUGCCGGAGCACGCCGCAUCGGUGAUCAACCGAUACAGGCGCGGCCAGGACGGCAAGACCGCUCUUCAGCGGCUCACGGGACGGCAGUGGAGGAAGCCGGUCCCGCUCUUCGGUGAGCGCCUGAUGGUGCGGUUCGCCGGGGAGCGCGCGAGGAAGAACGCGCUGGAGGAGCAGAUGGUGGAGGCUCGCUACAUCGGCCACCACCCGCGCGACGGCUCGAUGAUGGUCAUCACGAGCGACGGUGUGAAGAAGGCGGUCGGCUUUCGCAGCCUGCCGCAGAGCGAGAAGUGGAUCACGGCGGGCUGGGACAGCCUGAAGGGCCUGCCGUGGGACGUGGCUCCGCGUGCGGCCAGUGCGCCGCGAGCCAUCGUCGGACCGGGAGAGGCCGGUCCGCCACCGAUUGUGGUGGUGCCGCCGCAGCCGCAGGCGCCGAGGAGGAUGUGCGUUCUCAAGGCGGACGUCGAGCGGCUGGGCGCAACGCCGGGAUGCCCAGGGUGCGUCUCGAUCGCCAAGCACGGCAAGGUGCUGGCUGGCCAUGCGCACAACGCGGUGCGCAGCAAGAGAAUCUUCGAAGCGCUGGACGCUGAGGAGGCAGGCCGGGAGAGGACCGGCCAGUAUCGAGAGCGGAGGCAGGGCCAAGAGGCCAGAGUCCGCCCGGCGGCAGCGGCCGCGGCAGGGACCCCUCCGCCGAAGACGGCUCGGAGGAUCACCGAGCCGGUGGCAGCGGCGGCGUCGGCGCCGGCCGCGAGCCGAUCGGCAGCAGCGCCAGCCGCAGCGGCGCGCAUGCGAGAGAGCCAGCCGGGAGCAUCAGGCUCCGGCGUGGCGGCUCCUUCAGGAGGAGCGAGCUCCAGUUCGGGAGCAGUGAGAGCGGCAGAGGCCGCCGAGGAUGUCGACAUGACCGCGACCAGGUCGCGGCUGAAGCGCUUGGCGGAGGUGGCCCCGGAUGACGUGCCGGAGGCCCUCGAGCGCGGUGAUCCACAGCCGGCAGACGUGCCGGUACCGGUGGACAUGGAGGAUCUCGCGGCGCAGCCGGCGCCAGCGGAGGGACCUCAGCUGCCAGCUGGAGUGGCAGUCGUGUGGAACGCCAGUGAGGGGAGACACAUGCGGGUGCUCGCUCUCGACGUGGCGUCGAUCGAGCUGGUCGAGCUCGGAGUGCUGACGAGAGCGAAGGCGGAGUUGCUUCCGCUCGUUCGCGAGCAGGUCAGCGGCCAUUGGGCCAGCGUCGGCGUGGACAUCGCCGACGAAGAGGUGGACAGCAUCGCCUUAUCGGCGUUGCAGCUGGGCGCCGUGGACGUGGCAGAGGUGUACUCGCCACAUCGGUUCUCGGCUCGGGCGGCGGAGUUUCAGCUGCGCCCGGGCUUCGCGGCGGACCUGGAGGAACUCAAGGAGGACGGGGCGCCGUGGGACUUGCGGCGACCCGAGGAUGUCAAGGAGCUCGAGGAGCAGCAGGAGCGGAUGGAUCCCAUCCUGCUCACAGGGUCCCCUCCAUGCGAGAAGUUCAGCUUGCUGAGGGGCCUGAGCGCCAAGUUCAGGACCGAUGAGCAGGAGGCGGCUGAGAUGGAGGAGGCCAGACACCACCUGAAGGUGGCAGUCGACGCCUACUGGCGUCAGCUCAGGAAGCCAGGCAGGUACUUCCUGCAUGAGCAUCCCUGGAGCGCGCGAUCGUGGAAUGAGGACAUCGUCAAGGAGCUGGUCGCGCAUCCAGGAGUCUUCACGGUCAAAGGCCCCAUGUGUCGGUGGGGCAUGAAGCUCACGAACCCACGCAGUGGCCAGGAGGAGUUCGUGCGCAAGGAGACCGGGUGGGUCACCAACCACCCAGGCUUAGCCCGGAGACUGCAGGGCACUUGCAGCAAUGUGGACGGACGUGCGGAGUGGCAUCGCCACAUCACGCUCGUGGGCGGCAUCGCGCGGUUUGCGAAGGUCUAUCCACCGAAGUUGGUGGAGGCGGUGCUGGAGGAGCUCAAGGACACGCUGAAUGACGCGGGGGAGCUCAGCACCGCCCAGGUGCAGCAGUCGGGCCCAGUCCCUGUGGACGCGGCGGUGCCGCCCGGGGACUGGACGAGCUACUGGGACGACGUCAAUGGCGGCUACCUGGAGGCGGGCCUUGUGGCCCAGGCUCGCGCGGUCGAGCGCGAGUGGGUCAAGAAGCAGGAGCUGAUCGAGAUCGUCCCGAGGUCUCAGGCUUUCGCUGAGACUGGGCGUCCGCCCAUCCCACUCAAGUGGGUCGACACGAACAAGGGUGACGCGGAGAGGCCCAACUACAGGAGCAGGCUCGUCGUGAAGGAGAUCAAGGCGAAGAAGCGUCCUGACGAGCAGCUGGAGGCGUCCGAGGUUUUCUCGGCAAUGCCUCCGCUGGAGGCCAUGCGGUCGCUGGUCUCGCUGAUGGUCACGUGGACGCGGGAAGCACCGCUCCACAUUCAGGAGUCGCUUCGCAGGAAGGGCAGGAAGCCGGGCAACUUCAAGAUCGGCUUCUUCGACAUCAGCAGGGCGCACUUCUACGGGAAGGCGCAGCGGAGGAUCUUCGUGGAGCUGGAGGAGGAGAGUCGCAAGGAGUACGGUGAGGACAAGUGUGGCUUACUCCUCAAGUCCUGGUACGGCACGCAGGACGCCAGCAAGAUCUGGCAGGGCGACUACACGGAGCUGUUGGAGGAACACGGCUACAAGGCGGGCGUGUCAUGCCCAGCGGUCUUCUACAGGGAGGUGGACGAGACGAGGCUGCUGGGGCACGGCGACGAUUUCGCGGUGCUGGCUCAGCAGCAGGACAUCGACAGCUUCGAAGCCACGCUAGGCAAGAAGUACGAGUUCAAGAAGACUGCGAACCUCGGCUUCGACGAGGGCGACGACAAGCAGGCGGUCUUCCUGAAUCGGGUCAUCGAGGUCAGUGCGGGAGUUCCGCCUGGCGGUGGCCGACCCUGCCGGCAUGCGAUGAUCGAGCCGGACAAGCGGCACGCAGAGAUCGUGAUCGACGAGCUGGGUCUCAGCAAGGCCAACGGCGUGGACACGCCGAUGGAGAAGCGCAGCGCCGACAAGCAGAUGAUGGACGCGAGGUCGGCGGCGCUGGGAACGGCGGAAGCUUCGCGCUUCCGAUCCCUCACCAUGAGGGUAGCCUACCUGUCUCAGGACAGGCUGGACUUGGCACAGGCAUCGAAGACGCUCGCCAGGUCCAUGCAGACGCCGACGGAGGCGAGUUGGCUCAUGCUCAAGAGGGUUGGCCGCUACCUUAAGCGGCAUCCCAGUACGGUGACGGUCUUCACGGAGCAGAAGAUGUUCGACAAGAUCCGAGUGUACGUGGACUCCGAUCAUGCGGGCUGCGCAGUCACUCGGAAAAGUACCGGAGGCUUCGUGGCGAUGCUGGGGCAUCACGUCAUCAAGCACGGCAGUAAUCUUCAGUCGACGGUCUCUCUGAGCAGUGGGGAGAGCGAGUACUACGCCCUGGUGAAGGGCGGGAGCGUGGGCCUGGGUCUACACAGCCUCUUCGCAGAUUGGGGGCUGGACCUGAAGGUGGAGCUCGCCUCAGACUCAUCGGCGGCCCGGGGCCACGUCCAACGGCGAGGUCUCGGGAAGAUGCGACAUGUUCAAUCCCGAUACCUGUGGAUCCAGGAGCGCGUGGGCAAGGGCGACCUCUCGAUCGCCGCGGUUCCUGGUAAGAACAAUGUCGCGGACGUGCUGACCAAGAGCGUGGGUGGAUCUCUCUUGAGGAGACACAUGGCGACGCUCAACAUCUGGGAUCGGGCACCGAGUUCGACCCAGAAGGAUAUCAAGUGA